AUGCCUUUUUCAAUUAAAAUUUGUUUUUUAUUUUUCUUAACAACUUCAAUAAUAAUUCAAUUAAUCAACAGCGACUGUAGAAAGACCGGAUUUCUAGGUUGUGAUGAAGACGAGCAUAAAUGUUGUGAUAGUGAUGCUACCUGCACUGCAAUUAAUAACACAACAACAUGUAAAACUGGUGAUUGUAAAGCUGUUGGGGAAGAUUGUGGGGAUAACAAAAAUUGUUGUGGAAAUUUGCUUUGCGGGCAAAGUAAUUUAUGUGAAUGUCCAGAUAUAGGAAAUAAUUGUGUUCAAGAUUCACAGUGCUGCGGAAAUUAUUGUAUGGAUGAUAUGAAAUGUCAUUGA